AUGUCAAUAUAAAUUUUAGUGGAAUAAGGUAACAAGUAUCAUCGUUUUCGCAAUUUUGUAUAAAGUUUUCUCAAAAUACCGAUGAGGUAAUAAUGUAAACUAGAGAUUUCAAAUUUAAGAAAUAGAGAAAAUGCCAGAAAGUGAAGGAGGUGUCUUUUAUAACUUACAGACUUUACUGAAUCAAGAUUAUCGCGGCGUAAACAUAGCGGUAUACGCGCUUGCUACUGCGUCUCUGGCAUUUUCUAUACAUAAAAUCCGUCCGGUAAGCAAGUUCUCAAAAGCCUCAAAAGUUCCUGAUCACUUUAUAAAGAAUCAUGAGCCGUUAAAGGGAGUGUACACUGGUGUCCAACAUUCGCCUGUACGACUCCUUGUAAACCACAGAGCACCAAUUUACUUACCCCUUUGGCAUUCCAGUAAACCACCAAUCCCUGUUAAGUUAUGGGGUGUGGACAUUGUGAGUAGCAAUGCCGUCAACUGGCUGGAGUGUGUUGCCAAAGGACAGAAAGUUACUCUCAAACCCAUCGGAAGAGACAAGGAGGAUCUAGUAUCAACAGUUCUACUGCAUUUACCACAGUCUGGGGCAAAAUCUAUGGAGACAUUAGAUAUUGGACAAAAAUUAGUUGAACUCGGCUUUGCCCAGGCCUCAGUACCUCAGCCGAUUCAGAAGAAAACCCUGGAAUCACAAUUAGCACCAGUCAUAAAAUCAGCAGAGUCUUACGCUAAGAAAUAUCGGAAUGGUGUUUGGUCCGACAAACUUCCUCCAAUACCAUUCUAUGUCACUUACUGGAGAAAAGGUUCACAAAUGACAAUUAACGCUCUAAUCGUGACUGCUAACAAAUUUGUACAAAUUUUGACUUUUGCCCUUAAAAGUAUUUUAAUUGGUACAAAAAAUCUGGCUCUUCGACCAUUCAGAUCCUCGUCUAAAUCUGUCCAAGCUACAUAGUUAGGUUACAAUUGUCAAAUAUUGCAGGUUUAUAAGUGUAUGAAAUUUUAGAAUUAUCGGUAAGUGUUGGAAAUUUUGUAUAUAGUUGACAAUAAAAUUGUGGCUUAA